AUGAAUUCCAAUCCUCCAACCACAGGAGCACCCAAUAACUACGAUAGACUAGGCGAAAGCUCUCGGGCUUUCAUUGCACAUGUCAAGCAGUACUUUCACAAUCUCCCACUCGUCACCUUUUCUCUUUUAGUCGCCACUAGUGUAAUUGCUUUAGUGGAUUCUUUUGGAAGAUUCCGUAAUUUCUACCACAAUGGUCUCUUUACUCAAUGGCUAUAUCUCAGUGUAUCAAAGGUUAUAAACAAGGGACAAGUACAUCGAUUGGCUGUUUAUCCUCUUGCUUCACCUGGAUUGUCUCUUGUUAUUGCCAAUCUACUUUUAUCAAUUACUUACAUGGCUGAAUUAGAGAAAAGAAAAGGAUCUCUCAAAACACUGUGGAUCUUGAUUUGUUUCUUGACUGUGAUUCCGGGAAUAGGCUAUGUAUUCUUUGUGAGCGUAUUUGCUUACAUGGUAAAAAUGGCUGAUGGAGAAUUGCAACACACACUGUGCGCUGGACUGUCAGGUUUAGCUGUUGGUUUGUCUGUGUGGUCCACGCUGGAAGAUCAAGACGAAGAAGAGGUUCAAUAUAGAAUGUUAUUUGGUGUUAUCCGUAUCCCAAGAAGACUUGUACCUGUCUUAACUAUUGCCUUUUACUUUUUCUUGGCACCUGAUACUUCUCUUAUUUUACACAUUUGUGCUGCUGGAAGUGGAUAUCUUUAUGCCUCCAAACAAUUGCCUGCAUUUUUACUUCCAUCUGACGAAACAUUUCAACGCCAAGAACAAGAAGGUUGGUUCCAUCGAUUGACCAAUAGACGCGGCUUUGUCAGUGUGGAUGAUAUCGGGCCAUAUCUCCCUAUUUCUACUACCAACACCGAGCCCAUUCAUUCUGUUCCUGGAGUAUCAACACCUUUUCAAGGCCAAGGAACACGCCUAGGCGAUUAA